CUCCACCCUUGGGAGGCAGGAGAGGGCAUCUCUGCACGUCUGAAGACGGAGGGGUGGUAGGAAGCUCACCACCUCCCUGGGAGGACCAGGACAGGCAUACCUGUGGCUCCUGGGGUCCCCUUGGGUUUGAGGGCGACGUCUCACCUUUUUGGAGGAAAAGAUGUGUUGGAAGACGUUGCUGCUUCUGCUGCUGUAUUCCGAUGCUCAGGCCACUCUGUCUCACAGGUGGACCAGGGCCGUGCUCUUCCCUGCCGCCCACCGGCCAAAGAGAUCCUCAUCGCUGCCCUUGAACCCCAUCCUGCAGAGCUCCCUGGAGGAAGUAGAGCUGCUCUAUGAGUUCCUGCUGGCUGAACUUGAGAUCAGCCCUGACCUGAAGAUCUCCAUCAGGGACGAGGAGCUGGCCUCCCUGCGGAAGGCUUCAGACUUCCGGGCUGUCUGCAAUGACGUGAUCCCCAAGAGCAUCCCCGACAUCCGGCGGCUGAGUGCCAGCCUCUCCAGCCGCCCAGGCAUCCUCAAGAAAGAGGACUUUGAAAGGACAGCACUGACUCUAGCCUACACGGCCUACCGCACAGCCUUGUCCCAAGGGUAUCAGAAGGACGUCUGGGCCCAGUCCCUCCUCAGCCUCUUCCGUGCCUUGAGGCAUGACUUGAUGCGGUCCUCAGGUCCGAGAGCAUCUCCCCGAGGGACUGACCCGCACCAGGGCCAUGGAGCGGGGACCAGCACACAGUAAUCCAGAAACUCCUCAUUCUCUACUCCAUUUACAGAGACCAGCCACAGAACACACAUUGCCAACUCAGAGCUGCAGAGAUCAAAUAAGGAACCCUGCUGCUCUUUGCCCCUUGUAACUUCUUGAUAAGCGAAAGAUGGUGAUUUAUACCAUAAUGUGACCUGGGAUGGAAAAAAGGGCUGCGAUGGUAAUUCGAGAUGCCUCCAGAGGGUGAAUGGUUGGCCUGGUGAAUUGCAGCAGUCUAGCAGCAGCGACAGCAACAACUUAUGCUUUAACACUGGCUGCCCAUGACACAAACACCCAGGAGUGAGGAAGGAGACAGGAGAGGCAUCAUAGAAGUUUGGGCGUGACAGGAAGGUGGAGGGGGGAGCAGAUUUCUUUGGUCCUAAGAGAUCAGGGUGCUGGACUGAAUGAACGUCUUUCCAAAGUUCUGUAAUAAGAUAUCAAGAAACUAGUUAUGGGUGUGUGCCAAGUCACUUUAGUCAUGUCCGACUCUGUGAUCCCACGGACUGUAACUCUCCAGGCUCCUCUGUCCACAGGAUUCUCCAGGCAAAAUUACUGGACUGGGUUGCCAGCCCUCCUUCAGGGGAUCUUCCCGACCCAGGGAUUUGAACCUGCCUUUCCUGUGUCUCCUGCAUUGGCAGGCGGGUUCUUUACUGCUAGCACCAUCUGGGAAGCCCUAAAGAAACUAGAGCCAUAGCCAAAUAAAUAUGUUGUUAACUAAGGGCCUACUUCUCAACUUUUUCAAAAGUCCCCAAGAAGAAUCAGUCAAAAGAUCAGUUAUGACACAUAUACCAAGCUUCUUCUUUCCUGAAGGCUAGUCUAAUUUAGCGGAGAAAUAUGAAGGAGGCCCACAGAAAUGCUACUGUUAUGCCUUGCCUUUUGAACAGAGAAGCCAAGCUAAUGCAGAGAGGGUCAUCCUGACAAGAGAGGUGGCACCCAUGCCCUGGUCUGUCUAUUCUAAUGCUAAAAUUAUUGAGCAUCCUCAGAGAAUUAAGUGCACCAAAUAAAAGUGAUUUUCAGAUGACAAAAAUUUACCCCUUCAAAUGCCAAAUCUUUCAUUUCAGAAUUAUCAACUUGAUAUAUUUUAAACUAUACAUAUGAAAUGUCUUACAUUUUUAUUUAGUGUCUUGGAGACAUCCUAGUGUAGGAGUUAGAUAAGAUCUAAGAUCCCUCUACUUCUCAAAUUUAACUAACUAUGAAAUGUUACAAGGGGAGACACCUGGACCUGCAUUGUCCAGUCUGCUGGGCUGCUUGUAUCAACCCUGAAAUUUCCCAGGCUUUGUUAACUCUGAAUCUGGUAUAUUUCUGCAGCCUUCCUCAGAGUCAGGCUGUAAGAGUGCACUUUCCUCUGCUACCAACAUAACUUGACCUUUGCAAUUUGUUCUUUCUAACUGGCCUUGGCCUGAAAGAUAAGAUAGCAAGUCUUUUUAGCAUUCUAUGUUAAAGAAGAGUUAAUCCAUGAAAGUCCCUGCCAGGAGUAAAUCACCUCAGUUCUAAUUAAGAUUCCUCACCAGCUCAGAGAUGUUUCCAGUUUCUCCAAGGUUUAUGACUGCGUUUGAGAGGCUAAAAUUGCAAGAAGUCCAGUCUUUGAAUAAGCGAGGACUCACUGAGCUAAAUCUGAUUCUGAAAUGGGUUUUUAACAAUUGUCGUUUAAUGAUGAUGAAUGCUGGUCUCAACCUCUUUAAAAUCUUUGAAUAAGAGAGCCUUACCUAGCAGCACAAGCUGCAGAAUCUUUUGAAGAAAUAUCAGGAUGAAGAAAUAGGUAUUUAUCAUCAAAUAAAAGUCUUACUUUGCAUCCUCAUGCUCUCAGGCUCAGAAGACUAACCAGCCAGUCUCUCUAGUUCUCAUUCCCCAGUUAUACCUCUCUUGUACACCCCUCAGAUACAGACUCUGAUAUAUACUUUUCUACUCAAUUUCUUUCUAAGAUCACAUGUUCUCUUUGACAUCAUCACUCCGCUUAUCUCUGUGUUCAUCGGUGUCUCUGCUGCGCUGUCUUUAGGUCCGAUUCUGAUAUCUCUACAUUCAAUCCUCAAGGCACAUCUUGAUUUCUUCAGGCUAACCUCUCACUGUCUCUGCCUGGCUCUCUCUGAUGCUCACUGUCUCUUUCAGGAAUUGCUGUCUGAUUAAAACAAAGGCAAAACAAAGGUACAGACAAGUUUGGGAUUGCCCAGAAAGCAGAUUAGCCUCACAGCCUACCUUCAGUGUUGGGGCUUUGCCUGCAUGAGGGUUGGGGAGGGGAUCAGCUGAGGCCUCAGUCUCUGGACACUGGGUAAUAGUCUGACAGUCCUGCAUCUGCUCUGGGGCUCCAUGCCUAUCAGAAUGGAUCUACAAGCUUUCCUCUAGUCACCAAGCAGAAAGGCCCACACUUGGUGUCCCCGAGCACCAUGUGAGGGUACACACAGCUGCUCCCGAGGGGAGAAGAUCCCUGAAUAGGAGAGGGUUGUUCUCAGGACUGGUGAUAACAGUGACAGUUCAUUCAUUCACCCUGCCACAAACAAAUUAAAGGCACUUUUGUACUGAUAAAUCGAGUCCAAACUUACGUGGCAGUCAAUUGAAACAAACAAACAAUAAAAAGGAAUAAGAAGGGCACAACCUUUUUAAAGACAAAUGACAUUUUCAUUUUUGUUACUAGAUGUGUGCGUGUUCAGUCAUUUCAGUCGUGUCUGACUCUUUGCAACCCUAUGGACAGUAACCCUGCAGGCUCCUCUGUCCAUGGGAUUAUCCAGGCAAGAAUACUGGAGUGGGUUGCCACGCCUUCUUUCAGGGGAUCUUCCCAACCCAAGGAUCAAACCCACACCUCCUGCAGCUCCUGCAUUUCAGGUGGAUUCUUUACCACUGAGCCACCAGGGAAGCCAAUACUAGAUAUUUAAACACUAUUUUAGUCUGAAUACAAAUUGUUUGCCCACAAAAAGUUUUACAGCAAUGACUUCAUUCAUAAACAAAAUCAAAUAUUCUGCUCAACACCACCCCCUCCAAAUCUCGACUCUUUGCCCAGAGAGCAGUGAAGGAGUAGCCUGGACAACCAUGGAUUCUCCCAUUUUGCCUCAUGAAUGCCACACUGUACACGCUACAGUCAUAACCCAGACACAUUUUGUCACAUUCGCUCAAAGAAUAAUUCAGAGUGUGACAUCAGUGGAAACUUGCCUGUGACUCAAUGGAACCCUUCUGCCAUUACUAGAUGCUGGGUCACUGUAGCAUCUAAAAACCCUGGAAGUUUCUUCUAUAGUUGGCAUUCUCAUGGCUACCUCUGGUGUCCCUCAAGAGACACUGAAUAACAUCUAUAGGCUGAAACUUCCAUUACUCUGUCAUCUCACCUGGAAUCUAACUAAAGGAGAAUCACAAAAGUAGUGAAUCAGAAGAUAUUUCCACAAGGCAUGCAUGCAUGUUAAGUCUCUUCAGUUAUGUCUGACUCUUUGAGACUUCAUGGACUGCAGACCACCAGGUUCCUCUGUCCAUGGGAUUCUCCAGGCAAGAAUACUGGAGUGGGUUACCAUGCCCUCCUCCAGGAGAUCUUCUGGACCCAGGGAUCGAACCCACAUCUCUUGUGUCUCCUGCAUUGGCAGGCGAGUUCUUUACCAUUAGGGCCACCUGGGAAGUAGGGCACUGAUCUAAAAUUAAAUGCUUGUUAAAUGGCGCUCCUUACUUCCCUAAUCCAUUUUAAUAUCUUUCUUUUUUUUUAUUGUGGUUAUAAAGCAUGUCAUAUGAAAUUUACCAUUCGAACUGAACCAUUUCUAGGAAUACAGUACAGAACAGUUAACUACAUGCACACAGCUGUGUGAAAGAUCUCUAGAACUUAUUCAUCUUGCAAAAACAAUACCUAUGAAACGACAUUCCACUUUUCCCUCUCCUCAUGGCCCCUGGUAACUACCAUUCAACUUUCUAAUUGUUAGACUACUUUUGAUACCUCAUAUAAGUGGAAUUUGCCUUGCAUUUCUGAAGCAAUGUGUAAAAUUUCCUUAAGAAAAUGUUUUGUCUGAAAAAAUGGAGAGUCCUGAAGGAGAACUCUUGGUAUUACUGUGUCACAUAAUUUUAUUUAACAAAUAUUCACUUAUGUUGUAAUAAAAAUGUCAUGAUCGAG